CACAGCCACGCGGUCCCAGCCCGGCCAGGUCGGGGGCUCUGCCGUCAGCCGGUCCUUGGCGGACGGCUCGGUCUCCCUUUCGUUCCGGCCACCGGCGGCUGGUAAACAAGGGCGUGGGAAAGACAGCCCGGCCGGCGGUGAUGAGGACUCCGGUGCCCGCAGUGGGGCACGCCCGGCCCUAGCCCAGUGCCGAGCCCUCAGCGUGGACCGUGCCGGCCCCGGGAGCCCCCGCCGGCUCUACCUGAGCGUGCAGCAGGCCCAGCAGGACAAGGGGUGCAAGAACAAGAGUCAGGGGACAAAAGAAGAGAAGCUGCUGAAGAGGCAGGCGCCGGCCCCCGGGCGGGACCGGGAGGCACAGGAGGCCGGCGGCACCAUGAAUGUAGAGAAAGCAGGUGGGCGUCUCUUUGGCAGCGGGAGGUGCUCGAGCCUGUCGGGGCCGCCAGGCGCGGCCCCCGCGGUGCAUAGGAUGGUGGAGGCCAUGGCCCGGCUGCAGGAGGACAAAGCCCGGCUGCAGGAGGAGCUGGCAGCCCUGCGGGAGAGGCUGGCCCUCCGAGACAGUGACCAGCAAGCCACCUCCACCCAGCUGCAGAACCAGGUGGAGAGCCUGAAGGAGAAGCUCAUCAGCCAGGCCCAGGAAGUGAGCCGCCUCCGAUCAGAGCUGGGAGGCACAGACCUGGAGAAGCACCGCGACCUGCUGAUGGUGGAGAAUGAGCGACUGAGGCAGGAGAUGCGGCGCUGCGAGGCCGAGCUGCAGGAGCUGCGUGCAAAGCCGGCGGCCCCCUGCGCAGGCUGCGAGCACAGCCAGGAGAGCGCCCAGCUCCGGGACCGGCUGGCCCAGCUGCAGCUGGAGGUGGCGGAGAACAAAAGCAUGCUCUCCGAGCUGAACCUGGAGGUGCAGCAGAAGACCGACCGGCUGGCCGAGGUGGAGCUGCGGCUCAAGGACUGCCUGGCCGAGAAGGCGCAGGAGGAGGAGCGGCUCAGCCGGCGCCUGCGCGACAGCCACGAGACCAUCGCCAGCCUGCGGGCCCAGUCGCCGCCCAUCAAGUAUGUCAUCAAAACGGUGGAGGUGGAGUCGCCCAAGACCAAGCAGGCCCUCAACGAGUCCCAGACCCGGAACCAGCACCUGCAGGAGCAGGUGGCCAUGCAGAGACAGGUGCUGAAGGAGAUGGAGCAGCAGCUGCAGAGCUCGCACCAGCUGACCGCACAGCUGCGGGCCCAGAUCGCCAUGUACGAGGCGGAGCUGGAGCGGGCGCACGGGCAGAUGCUGGAGGAGAUGCAGUCCCUGGAGGAGGACAAGAACCGGGCCAUCGAGGAGGCCUUCGCCAGGGCCCAGGUGGAGAUGAAGGCCGUGCACGAGAACCUGGCAGGCGUCCGGACCAACCUGCUGACGCUGCAGCCCGCGCUGCGGACCCUCACCAACGACUACAACGGGCUCAAGCGGCAGGUGCGCGGCUUCCCCCUGCUGCUGCAGGAGGCCCUCAAGGGCGUCAAGGCCGAGAUUGGCCAGGCCAUCCAGGAGGUCAACAGCAACAACCAGGAGCUGCUGCGCAAGUACCGCCGGGAGCUGCAGCUGCGCAAGAAAUGCCACAACGAGCUCGUGCGGCUGAAAGGCAACAUCCGGGUGAUUGCCCGUGUCCGGCCAGUCACCAAGGAGGAUGGGGAAGGACCUGAGGCGACCAACGCGGUGACCUUCGAUCCUGACGACGACUCCGUCAUCCACCUGCUGCACAAAGGGAAGCCUGUGUCCUUCGAGCUGGACAAGGUCUUUUCCCCGAGGGCCUCCCAGCAGGACGUCUUCCAGGAGGUGCAGGCCCUGAUCACCUCCUGCAUCGACGGGUUCAAUGUCUGCAUCUUCGCCUACGGCCAGACGGGUGCCGGCAAGACGUACACGAUGGAGGGAACCCCUGAGAACCCAGGCAUCAACCAGCGGGCCCUGCAGCUGCUCUUCUCCGAGGUGCAGGAGAAGGCCUCCGACUGGGAGUUCACCAUCACCGUCAGCGCGGCCGAGAUCUACAACGAGGCCCUCAGGGACCUGUUGGGGCAGGAGCCCCAGGAGAAGCUGGAGAUCCGGCUGUGCCCUGACGGCAGCGGGCAGCUGUACGUGCCAGGGCUGACGGAGUUCCGGGUGCAGAGCGUGGACGACAUCAACAAGGUGUUUGAGUUCGGCCACACCAACCGCACCACGGAGUUCACCAACCUGAACGAGCACAGCUCCCGCUCGCACGCCCUGCUCAUCGUGACGGUGCGCGGCGUGGACUGCAGCACCGGCCUCCGCACCACGGGGAAGCUGAACCUGGUGGACUUGGCCGGCUCGGAGCGCGUGGGCAAGUCGGGGGCCGAGGGCAGCCGCCUGCGGGAGGCGCAGCACAUCAACAAGUCGCUGUCGGCCCUGGGGGACGUCAUCGCGGCGCUGCGCUCCCCCCAGGCCCACGUGCCCUUACGCAACUCCAAGCUCACCUACCUCCUGCAGGACUCGCUCAGCGGGGACAGCAAGACCCUCAUGGUGGUGCAGGUGUCCCCCGUGGAGAAGAACACCAGCGAGACCCUCUACUCCCUCAAGUUUGCUGAGAGGGUGCGCUCUGUGGAGCUGGGCCCCGGGGCCCGCAGGGCGGAGCUGGGGUCCUGGUCCAGCCAAGAACACCUGGAGGUAGGGGGCUGGCUCAGGCCUGCGGGGGGCACUUCCAGGUCAGGGGCCGGAGGGAGGGCCCGGGAGGGGUGA